AUGGACGAACGAGAAAUUUCUCCAUAUUUUGAUACUCAUCUUAUUGACAUCCAUGAAGUCUUACCAGAAGAGGAAGAAGAAGGAGAUGUAAUUACCAAAGAGGAAAAUGGAAAUGCAGAGAAACGCUUCAUCAAUAAACCCACUAAAGUUAGAAAGAUGAAGAGACAGGUUUCUCUAGAGACUGGUUUUUCAGUGCUACGGAAGGAGUCGAAGAAGGCUAAAGAUGAGAACGGUAGUGGUGUUAAUCUUCCCAGAAGUGGAAGAAGUUUUGGAGGUUUCGAUAACAGGUUUGGCAUGGAAGGAAGGAAAGCCGACUUCAGCAUUUUCAAGACCAAAUCAUCAACCCUCAGUAAACAAAACUCUUUGUUGCCAUCAAGAAAGGAAAGAUCAGAAACGGAGUCUCAUCAGAAGACUGAUAGAGAAGUACUCGAUGACUCUGUUGAUACAAGUGUUCCUGCUGGCAGAUACUUUGCUGCACUUAGAGGACCUGAACUUGACGAAGUCAAGGAUGAUGAGGAUAUUCUCCUACCAAAAGAUGAGCAAUGGCCCUUUCUCCUCAGAUUUCCAAUUGGAUGCUUCGGUAUUUGUCUUGGUCUCAGCAGCCAAGCAGUUUUAUGGCGUACUCUCGCGACAAGCCCAGCCACCGAGUUCUUGCACAUCCCACUCUUCAUAAACCUAGCUCUCUGGCUAUUGGCAGUAGCAGUCCUAUUUUGUGUCUCCUUCACCUAUAUUCUCAAAAUCAUCUUCUACUUUGAAGCAAUCAAAAGAGAGUAUUUCCACCCUGUGAGAGUCAACUUCUUCUUUGCUCCCUGGGUUGUAUGCAUGUUCUUAGCCCUUGCUGCACCACCAACUUUGUUCCCUAAUAAACUCCAACCUGCAAUAUGGUGCGCCUUCAUGCUACCCUACUUCCUUCUGGAACUCAAGAUCUAUGGGCAGUGGCUUUCGGGUGGGAAGAGGCGUCUUUGUAAGGUGGCCAACCCCUCUUCUCAUCUCUCAGUGGUUGGAAACUUCGUUGGGGCAAUUUUGGCUGCCAAGGUUGGGUGGAAGGAGCCUGCGAAGUUCUUGUGGGCAGUAGGCUCUGCACAUUACUUUGUAGUUUUUGUUACCUUGUAUCAGAGAUUGCCAACAAGUGAAGCAUUGCCCCGGGAGCUUCAUCCAGUGUAUUCCAUGUUCAUUGCUGCCCCAUCGGCUGCAAGUAUUGCUUGGCAGAACAUUUAUGGUGACUUCGAUGAAGUGUCAAGAACUUGCUACUUCAUUGCACUAUUUUUGUAUGUUUCACUGGUUGUGAGGAUCAAGUUCUUCACUGGGUUUAGAUUUUCGGUGGCUUGGUGGGCAUACACUUUCCCAACGACAACAUUCUCAGUUGCCACCAUUAAGUAUGCAGAAGAAGUACCGUCAGUUCUAACCAAGGGCCUCGCGGUUACUCUUUCCUUCAUUUCAUCAACAACAGUGUCUGUACUAAUUGUAUCCACUCUUCUGCAUGCCUUUGUUUGGCGCACAUUGUUUCCGAAUGAUCUUGCCAUAGCCAUAACAAAGAGAAGACUUGGCAAGGAGAAGAAACCCUUCAAAAAAGUCAAUGAUAUCAAGCGCUGGACAAAGCAGGCUCUAACCAAGAACAAUUUAGCAGCAAAGGUUUUCGAUGGAGGGAAAGAAGACAGCUAUCCAUAGAAGCAGGCAAGGGAACACU